AUGAAAAAGUUUUCUAAUUCGUUAAGGAAAAUUGAUUUCUUUAGUGUUACUUAUACUCCAGCAAUUUCAGAUGGAUUAACAUAUAAUCACUCUAGUGUUCUUGGUGGAAUAAUAUCCCUUAUAAUAGGAAUUUUAAGUCUAAUUUAUUGUAUAUAUUACAUGUAUAUGUGGUGGAGUUAUUCAUUAUUACCAAAAGUCACUGAAGAUAUUAAUAACUUCACAGAGGAUUCAAAUUUUGGAUUUUUAAAUAAUCAUAUGCAAGUAACUGCCUAUGAUAUAAAUGGAAAAUCAACUAUAAAUCCAUUCAAAAGAGAUGAAAUUGUUAUGCUUCCAUUACUCUUAGAUCUUGAUAAUGGUUUGAAUUGGUAACCUCUUAUAAGUAGUAUCACUGAAGAUUAAGUUCUGGACAUAAAUUUUAAAAUGAGUAAAGAUAAAUAAUAUAUGAUCUUAUUUACACUAUGCAAAGAAGAAUAUCUUAUUGAAGAUUAUUAAUGUGCAUCUGAAGAAGUUAAAUAAUCUUAUUUUAAUUAAAUGGGAAAUACACUUUAUACUGAUGUAGAAUUUACAACUAUUAAUCCAUCAACAUUUGAACCAUAAUAAUUUUAUAGGACAUAUCCAUUUUAUGUUCAUUCAAAUGCUGAGAUGUGUUCAUCUAUUACUUUACAUUAUCAAAUGAAUCAUUAUUAAAUAGAUAAAGCUUUUCUUUUUUCAACUGGAGUAGAAGAAUAAAAUUAUAUUUCUAAUUCUCUCAAUUAUCCACAAUAUGCCAUGAAGAAUUAUUGUGAUAAAUAUUUUAUGCCAAAUACAUAUGGAGCAUUUUGGGUUUUAUUUCAAUAAUAAUAUCAUACAAUUUAAAUUGGAUAUCCAUCAAUUAGUGAAGUAUUUGCAGCAAUUGGAUCAAUAAUUAGUAUUUUAUUUUCAGUUAAAUAUUUGAUUACUUUACUUAAUCUUACAUAAAUGAGAUAAUCAAUAUUAGAUGAUAUUAUGAGACAAUAUUAUCCAGAAAUUAAAUAAUUUAGAAUUAUUAAGAAUCUUUGGGGCAAAAUUAUUUCAGUCAAAUUUCAAGGUGUAUAAGUUGAGAUUCCCAGUUAUUUAGCAUUCUAAAAAUAAAUUCAUUCCUAAAUGGCAUGCAAACUUAACUAUAAAAAUUUAUUAUAUGAAAUGUCUCGAUUUUAAUUCAUUUUAAUGUCUUUUAAAAGAAGACAUGAAAUUGAAAGAUUUCAUCAUGUAGGUAUUAAAGUUCCUAUUCAAUUAUCUGAAACAGGUGAGUAUUAUACAAUUUCAGAAGGUAUUCAAAAUUAAUUAAAGACUCUUAAUCUUAGACAUUGUAAUACCAUAAAUACUAAAUAUGAUAUAUUAACUAUGAAUGAUGCAUUAAUCUUAAGUCAAGAAUAUAAAAAGAAUAAUCAAUUAAUGGAAUCCAAAAGUGAAUUUGAACCUCUUUAAUCAACUAAUUAAAAAUAAGAAGAUCAAGAUAGAGAUUAAGAAUUCUAUGAGAUUAAUUAUAUUAAACCUAAUAAUGAUUUUGAUGAAAAUAAUUGA